AUGGAAUCUAUAUCGAGCCAGCUAUCAGCCGGAAGAGAUUCCACUUGUUCACCAAACUCGAAGCAGGAGUUGCAGUCCUACACCGGCCCCACACUCAAACCCAACCAAGUCAGCGAGACCUCUCUGUACGGAAUACCCAUCGUCUCCUUGGUCAUAGAUGGCCAAGAACGACUGUGUCUGGCCCAGAUUUCCAACACCCUCUUGAAGAACUAUAGCUAUAACGAAAUCCACAACCGGCGCGUGGCUUUGGGCAUCACCUGUGUGCAGUGCACCCCAGUUCAGCUGGAGAUCCUGAGGCGCGCAGGCGCUAUGCCCAUCUCCUCACGGCGCUGCGGAAUGAUCACCAAGCGUGAAGCAGAGCGCCUCUGCAAAUCAUUCCUCGGCGAACACAACCCGCCCAAACUGCCCGAAAAUUUCGCUUUUGACGUGUCACACGAGUGCGCGUGGGGCUGCCGUGGCAGCUUUAUACCGGCCCGGUAUAAUAGCUCGAGAGCGAAAUGCAUAAAGUGCUCGUUCUGUAACAUGUAUUUUUCACCAAACAAAUUCAUAUUUCAUUCUCAUCGCACGCCCGAGUCCAAAUACACGCAACCCGACGCGGCAAACUUCAACUCGUGGAGACGGCACCUAAAGCUGACGGACAAAAACUCUUCGGAAGACGUGAUCCACGCUUGGGAGGACGUGAAGGCCAUGUUUAACGGAGGCAGCCGGAAGAGGACACUGCCUGGACAUGGGUCUGAGAGUUCAUCCCCACUGAAAUCACAAGGCCCCGUGAGUCGAGCCCAGGGUAGUUCAUCUGAGGUGCCCCAUAAAACCCUUCGCUGUGAAGACGACAGAGCCACUAUGCCCAUACCGAGUGGCAUCCGCAGUUACCCUGUGAUCCCGGUACCUAGCAAGAGUUUUGGGAUGCUGCAGAAGAUUCCGCCACCCCUCUUCCCCCAUCCAUACGGCUUCCAGGCAUUUGGACUGUGUCAAAAGAAAGACGACGGCGUGGUAGGGGAUCAGAACAAAACUAACUUGCCUGGUGUAUUCUGGCCAGGCGCGAAGGACAGCGCUUACCCUUCGUUUCCCAUGUUUUGGCCCACGGCAAGUGGCCUGCCUAUGGCUCCUUACCACCACGCGCCACCGAAACCGCCACCCGAGGUCCUUUGCGCACGGCAGCACGAGUUCGAUGCGUCGGAGCCGAUUGAGAGGAGCGCCAGCACGCCCAAAGACAACCUGAUGGAGAACGAGCGUUGCUCCAGCACGCAGUCCAGCCGCAACGACGAGGACAAAUCCGGUGAUGAGACCAGACCCACGGAAAGCAUGCCAAGAAAACCGAGCUAUGUAUCGGCCUUCAGGCCUGUCGUUAAAGACACAGAGAGUAUAGCAAAGCUGUACGGCAACAGAGGCCCGUAUUCGGGAACCAGGCCCGGUUACCUUUCACCUGACUUCCUGAGCGAAAGUUCGAGUUACCGGUCGGCCUCUCCGGACGUGGACGACAGCGCGGAGGACCCGGAUGUGGACGUGGAGUCACACAAAGUACAGGAAGAUGAAGAAUGCCUUCAACUUUCAGUGGACGACCACCACAGCCCACCAGCUCUGCCUUCUCACGUUCAAGGCGAUGGAGGGAAAGGUCAAGGAGAGGAAAACAGCCGCACGGUCGCAAUGAGUGAUCCACACACUACACACUCGAGUGAGACAGAGAAGAAGAACAAACCGCUGCUGGAGAGCAACAAACCCACAACGCGCUAUGAAGUGUAUACACAUGAAAGGAUGGCGCCCCUGUAUCAGAUGAGUGCGCCAUGUUUCGACUCGACAGCCACUUAUCAGCGCGAGUCCAGCGUUAAAGAUGCGCACGAGGAGGAGCCGUCAUCCACAGUAGAGGAAAUAACGGCACCGAAAUCAGUGCACGAGCACAGCAGCGCUCCUGAAGGAGGCCCGAGGGAACCCGGGGAUAUGCGCAGUGAAACAGGCAGAGUGUCACUGAUCGAAAAAAACAUCGAAACCAUGGCGAAAGAAGAGCUACAAAAACAGCUAGUGGAACAAGUGGAGCUGAGAAAGAAACUGGAAAGGGAAUUCCAAAGUCUGAAAGACAACUUUCAAGACCAAAUGAAAAGGGAGCUGUCGUACCGAGAAGAGAUGGUCCAGCAACUGCAGAUUGUUCGAGUUUUUGUCAUGUAGGCUGGAUUUUUUUUUAUACUGUAAACAACAACAGCUAUUCAAAUCCAAAUCCAAUGUUUUGCAAAUAAAAUCCAAGUUCAUUUGGUCAAGUUUACUUAAAUGUUUAAUUGAUUAAUUGAAUAAUAAUUGAUUCAUUACUUUUCCUUAUUAUAUUUAAUGUGUAUUUACUACAGCACAAGGAAUUGAGAGGAAUUCAGAUGUGUAAUCUUAAGGGUGACUUUGUUCCUGAUUAUCAUGUUUUGAAUAUCCUCCAUUUUAGUGUUUAAAUAAGAAGGCAUUAUGUUUUUUUUCUUUAUUUAUUUCAGUUUGUUUAGUAUUACCGUGAGGAAGGUAUCCAAUAUGAGGAAAAUUCCUAGGUUAUGAGUUCUUUUGCUGACUUGUCUCAGUAUCAAAAGACUAUAAAUCUGACUAGCUGAAUCUGGAGAUGAGUAGAUGAGGUAGGAUAAUUGGCCUUUCAUAUCUGAGUCAUUCUUUGUCUCUCCUGCUCAGACACAUUGUGCAGCGAGUUGGACCAUGAAAGAAAGUCUCGUUAUGCUAUUCAACAGAAGUUAAAAGCUCACGACGCACUCCAUCAUUUCUCAUGUAAGAUGCUGACCCCACGUCAUUGCUCUGGGACCUGUACAUUCAAGCCUCCUCUACUACCACCGUGAUGCCUUCAGCUUGUCCUUCACAAAUAAGACUACCUGAGACAGGGACAUUGAUAUACCAAUAAAAACAACAUUCACAACCAACAGAA